GACAGAUCAUCAAGCUGGAGUGCCAAGCCCUUUCUGCCUGAGUACUGAGAGCCUGUCCUCCAUGUUUUAUAAGUAUUGACAUAACACUGUGUUAACAAUGCAUCCACAGAGCUUGGCUGAAGAGGAAAUAAAGGCAGAGCAGGAGGUGGUGGAGGGGAUGGAUAUCUCAACUCGAUCCAAAGAUCCUGGCUCUGCCGAACGUGCAGCACAAAAAAGGAAAUUUCCCAGCCCUCCACAUUCCUCUAAUGGCCACUCACCACAAGAUGCAUCAACAAGUCCUAUAAAAAAGAAAAAGAAACCUGGUCUAUUGAACAGUAAUAAUAAAGAGCAGUCAGAACUAAGACAUGGUCCGUUUUACUAUAUGAAGCAGCCACUCACCACAGACCCUGUUGAUGUUGUACCACAGGAUGGACGGAAUGAUUUCUAUUGCUGGGUUUGUCAUCGGGAAGGCCAAGUCCUCUGCUGUGAACUCUGUCCUCGGGUUUAUCAUGCUAAGUGUCUGAAACUGACAGCGGAACCAGAGGGGGAUUGGUUUUGCCCAGAAUGUGAGAAAAUCACAGUCGCAGAAUGCAUAGAAACUCAGAGUAAAGCUAUGACAAUGCUCACCAUUGAACAGCUAUCGUAUUUACUGAAGUUUGCACUACAGAAAAUGAAACAGCCAGGGACAGAGCCAUUUCAAAAGCCAGUUUCACUGGAUCAACACCCAGAUUAUGCAGAAUAUAUCUUUCAUCCAAUGGAUCUUUGUACAUUAGAGAAGAAUGUUAAAAAGAAAAUGUACGGUUGCACUGAAGCAUUUUUGGCUGAUGCCAAAUGGAUUUUGCACAACUGCAUUAUUUACAAUGGGGGAAAUCACAAAUUGACACAAACAGCAAAAGUCAUCAUCAAAAUCUGUGAGCAUGAGAUGAAUGAAAUUGAAGUAUGUCCGGAAUGUUAUUUAGCUGCUUGCCAAAAACGAGAAAAUUGGUUUUGUGAGCCUUGUAGCAAUCCCCACCCUUUGGUCUGGGCUAAACUCAAAGGCUUUCCAUUCUGGCCUGCUAAAGCACUGAGGGAUAAAGACGGGCAAGUUGAUGCCCGUUUCUUUGGCCAGCACGACAGGGCCUGGGUUCCAAUAAAUAAUUGCUACCUCAUGUCUAAAGAAAUUCCUUUUUCUGUGAAAAAGACUAAAAGCAUCUUCAAUAGUGCAAUGCAAGAAAUGGAGGUUUAUGUUGAUAACAUUCGAAGAAAAUUUGGAGUAUUUAAUUACGCACCUUUCCGGACACCAUAUACUCCCAACAAUCAAUACCAAAUGUUAUUAGACCCUGCAAACCCAACUGCUGGAACUGCAAAGACAGACAAACAAGAGAAAAUCAAACUGAACUUUGACAUGACGGCAUCACCCAAGAUUCUAAUGAGCAAGUCUAUGCUGAGCAGUAGUACUGGUCGUAGGAUUUCAUUGACUGAUAUGCCACGGUCACCAAUGAGUACAAACUCCUCGGUUCACACUGGAUCUGAUGUAGAACAGGAUGCGGAGAAAAAAGCAACUUCCAGUCAUUUUAGUGCCAGUGAAGAAUCCAUGGACUUUAUUGAAAAAAAUACAGCUUCUCCAGUGCCAACAAGAACGGGUCAAGCAGGGAGCUUGUCAGGCAGCCCCAAACCUUUCUCUCCUCAAGCAUCAACGCCAAUUUCUGCUAAGCAAGAAAGAACUUCUACUCCAGGAAGCAUUCUGAAUCUUAAUCUUGAUCGUAGCAAAGCUGAGAUGGAUCUGAAAGAGUUGAGUGAGUCAGUCCAACAGCAGAGCACUCCUGUGCAACUCAUUUCACCAAAACGACAGAUACGUAGUAGGUUCCAGCUUAAUCUUGACAAGACAAUAGAGAGUUGUAAAGCACAACUUGGAAUAAAUGAAAUAUCUGAAGCUGUUUAUACUGCAGUAGAACACAGUGACUCCGAAGAUUCUGAAAAAUCCGACACCAGUGACAGUGAAUAUAGUGAUGAGGAUCAGAAAUCCAAGAACGAUCAAGAAGAUGGAGAGGACAAGGAAGGUACAAGAAGUGACAAAGAAUCAUUGAGCUUGAAAAAAAAACCUAAGCCCCCAGCACAGAAUGAAGACAAGGAGGAACUUAAAAGCACAAGUCCAGAAGAGGAGAAAACAGAUGACCCAAUCAAAGAAAAGACAAUUACAGACACUGAAAAAGAAUUUUCUGAAAAGGGAAAAGGUUUACAGCAUCCUGCAAAAGAAAAACUGAAAGGUAAAGAUGAAACAGAUUCUCCAACAGUGCAUCUAGGACUGGACUCUGAUUCUGAGAGUGAACUUGUCAUCGAUCUAGGAGAUGAUCAUUGUGGCCGUGAAGGAAGGAAAAACAAGAAAGAAUCUAAAGAAUCUCCGCCUAAACAAGAUGUUGUAGGUAAAACUCCACCUUCCUCCUCCAGUGCGAGCACCCAGCCUCUACCAGAAACUCCAGUGCUUACCCGCUCUGCUUCCCAGACUCCACCAGCUGGAGUGACAGCAACUACUAGUGCUUCUUCUACUGUUAGUGCUCCAUCUGCAGCCACUGGGAGCCCUGUGAAAAAGCAGAGGCCUUUGCUGCCUAAGGAAACUGCCCCUGCUGUGCAGCGCGUAGUGUGGAAUUCUUCAAACAAAUUUCAGACCUCUUCUCAGAAAUGGCACAUGCAGAAGGUGCAGAGACAGCAGCAGCAGCAGAGCCAGCAGUCGCAGUCACAGCAGCCUCAGUCCUCUCAAGGGACAAGAUACCAGACAAGACAAGCAGUUAAAGCUGUGCAGCAAAAGGAGAUCACCCAGAGCACUUCCACGUCCACGAUAACCUUGGUUACAAGUACUCAGCCUAUUUCUAUGGUCACCAGUUCUGGAUCUGCAAGUGCACUUUCUUCCUCCAUUAAUACAGACUUGCCGAUUGCCACAGCUUCGGCGGACGUGGCUGCAGAUAUUGCUAAAUACACUAGCAAAAUGAUGGAUGCCAUCAAAGGAACAAUGACUGAAAUAUAUAAUGAUCUUUCAAAAAAUACUACUGGAAGUACAAUAGCUGAGAUUCGACGUUUGAGGAUUGAGAUAGAAAAACUUCAAUGGUUACAUCAACAGGAACUCUCAGAAAUGAAGCAUAACCUAGAGCUGACGAUGGCCGAAAUGCGUCAGAGUCUGGAACAAGAGCGGGACCGUUUGAUUGCGGAGGUGAAGAAGCAGCUGGAAUUGGAGAAGCAGCAAGCGGUGGAUGAAACUAAAAAGAAGCAGUGGUGUGCCAACUGCAAGAAAGAGGCCAUUUUUUAUUGCUGCUGGAAUACGAGUUACUGUGACUAUCCCUGCCAACAAGCUCACUGGCCGGAGCAUAUGAAAUCUUGCACACAGUCAGCUACCGCAACACAGCAAGAAACAGAUACUGAAAUUAGCACAGAAACAUUAAAUAAAUCAUCCCAGCCCAGUUCAAGUGUGCAGUCUGCACCCACAGAAACAGCCAGCACCCCUAAGGAAAAGGAAGGUUCAGCUGACAAAAGCAAAGAGAGCGUUACAACCAUUCCUGUAGUGGUAAGUCCUUCUGCUGGGACAGUGGCAAUGAGAACUGGAGUUCAGUAUGUUCAGACCACAAUGCCAGUCCAAGUACGAAGAGUCUAA